UCUUCGUAGGCGUGCGCUUUUACAUUUACGACAUGGUCGAGACCGGAUUUUGGCAAAUAUUACUUGAUGAAGAUUGGUUUUGCACAAAAAGGAACAUUUGAUUUCUUGUCUGCGAUAUCAUCGUCGGUGGAAGCCGGCGUUCAGCACUACCAAAGAACGAAGAUUUCGUUUUGUUUGACGGCGAAUAUCAAAUUAUUUAGAUUGUUAGAUCAGCACAACAUGGACAUCAGCUAUGAUGUUGAAAUUUCCAGUUACAGAUGUGUUUAUGUUCUGAUAUAACUUUCACUAUGUGCGGCAUCUGCUGCAGACAGAAGGGAAAUAAUGAUGAAAAAGGCUUACUUAGUAAUCCACUUAAAAACCGUGGUUGCACAGAUAUCAUUCCAUUGCUUGUCUUUGCUGCAUUCUGGGGAGGCAUGAUUUUUAUUGCUGCAUUUUCCGUAAGUCAUGGUGAUGCAUUCCGUCUUGUGUAUGGAUCUGAUAGUUUUGGUAAUACAUGUGAUGAGGACAACACUGGUAAAACUAUACCCAAUAUUUCUUUAUCAGGUCAAAACCUUAAAGGUCGUCCAUUUGUGUUCUUUAUGAAUAUUGAUAACCCUGGUGUCUCUAUGUCUAUAUGUGUUAACACAUGUCCUGAUAGAGAAUUGCGUAAUUUAGAUGAAGUAUAUCAAUUUUCUGAGCAGACUGGUUCAUAUCUAUGUAGAUAUGAUGUUGAUAUACAGAAAUAUACACAGAGUAAUAAAAGCCUUCAAGGACCUUGUCCAGUAACUCCAGUUAAAAAAAGUGUACCUUUAUUAAAUCGAUGUGUUCCAAGUGACUUAUUCAAGCUACACAAAAAGAUAUCUUCUAAUAUAAUAGACUUUCUAAACCAGAGUGAUAUAUUUCAAAAGGUUCUUACUGAUCUCUAUAAAAGUUGGAAAGAAAUGUUUGGUCUGUGUUUCGUAGCUUUCGCUUUUGCAUUGGUAAUGAUUUUACUCAUCCGUUACUUUGCUUCAAUCAUUGUUUGGCUGAUUCUAACAGUAGCUGUUAUUGCCAGCAUAGCUGGGACAGCAUUUUUAUGGUGGACAUUUGCUGGAGUAAAAAGUAAACUUGAUCAUGAUCAAAUUUAUGAAUUUCCAUUAUUGGAUGUAGAAAUAGAAAGUGAGAAAGCAUUUUUAGCAUUUUCUGUCACAGCAACAAUUUUAACAGUUAUAUUAUUGUUGGUGAUAUUAAUUAUAAGAAAGCGCAUAUCUCUAGUUGUGACGUUAUUUCAUGAAGCUGGUAAUUGUGUUGCUGCUAUGCCUUGUCUAUUAAUGCAGCCAUUGUGGACCUUCUUUUUUUUGCUGAUAUUUUUUGUUUAUUGGGUGAUUAUACUGGCAUAUCUAUCAACAUCAGAAAAAGUGAAGGCGAAUGAAAAUGGUUUUGUAGUAUUUGAAGAAUAUGAAACUGUGUCAUAUUUUUGGUGGUAUCAUUUGAUAGGUCUAAUAUGGUCAAGUGAGUUUAUAAUAGCUUGUCAACAAUUAGCUGUAUCAGGAGCUGUAGCUAAAUGGUAUUUUACCAGAAAUAAAGAAAGUGUUAGCUGUGUGAUAGGUAAUUCUGUUGGUCGUAUGAUUGUCUAUCACUUAGGUUCCGUAGCCACAGGAGCAGUUAUCAUCACAAUUGUUAAACUACCUAGAUGGAUUUUAAUGUAUUUAAGUAAAAGAUUGAAGGUAUCUGACAGUCAGUGUGCCAAGUAUUGGAUGAAAUGUUGUAUUUGCUGUCUAUGGUGUUUAGAAAAGUGCCUCAAGUAUCUCAGUGCUAAUGCUUAUACUAUUGUAGCAAUUAGCGGUCAAAACUUUUGUACAUCAGCUAGAAAGGCUUUUUUAAUUCUGUUAAGCAAUGGUUUACGAGUAGCAGCUAUUAAUAGUAUAGGUGAUUUUGUUCUCUUCCUCGGUAAAAUAGGUGUAAUGGCUGCCACAGGAGCUGUUGGUAUUUUAUGGUUAAAGAGUCAAAAUGAUCUACAUUUUUUUGCGGUUCCAGUACUGCUGUGUUGUAUCUUCGGCUAUUUUGUUGCUCACUGCUUUCUGUCUGUUUUUGAGAUGGUAAUAGAUGCUUUGUUAUUGUGUUUUUGUGAGGAUUGUGAUCUCAAUGAUGGUACCAUAGAACGUCCAUAUUUUGGUAAUAAAUCUUUGAUGACGUAUGUGAAUGAAAGUAGUAAGAAAUUUAAUGAAAUGACAAAGAAAUAUGGAGAAGGGGAAUGUGAACCUGCCCAUGUUUAAGAUGCAAUAAUUUAACUUUGCUCAAAAUUACAAAUCAUUUUAUCAUAUCAUACUUAAUAUUUUCCUCAUCUGAUAAUGUGUACAUUUACAAAUAGAUAGAUUGGCCUAUAUUUUGUACGCUUUGUAAUAUUGUGAUAAAUGGCAUAAUAAGAAUAUAAGUGUACCAUUUCAUGAUAUACAUGUAUUUCUUUCACUCUCAAAAUUUUAAAUAUAUUACAAAUUAGAAAAUAUAUAUUCAACUUAACGCUAAAAUAUUUUUGUUAACAAAAACAUCAUGUCUUGAUGAGGUACAAGGUCAAUAAAUGGAUGAGCUAUAUCAACUUGUGAAAGAUACUCUUGCUCCUCUUAUACCAGUGGCAGAAACUGGGUCCUGUUUCGCAAAAAAUAGAUUUUAACUAAAAUUAAAACCGAAUUUUAAAUUAUAUACAUUUUACGGAAAUUCGAUUGUAACUUAAAAUGGAAUUUUAAUAGAUUUCAGUUAAAAUUGCUUU